UCCCUUUCCUGGUCUCCAGAUUUCCUCGGCUGCUGUCGGUGGUGGAGGCGAACGAGCUCGAGGAAGUCAGCGAUCGGCGGACGUAUCAUCAAUGACUCUCGGCAGCUCCGGUGGAUCCGGCGUUGUCGUUGUUUUUAGAUUCCAAUUAUAAUCAGCGAUGCUAGGCUGUUGGUGGCUCGUCCUCGAUAUGCUAUCGUGUUUUGCGGUUAUUCUUACACGCUUCUCCGUCUCUCAUCUUGAAGAUUAAUUUCCACGAUGAGUGUACAAGUUCCUCGGAACUUUAGAUUGCUCGAAGAGCUCGAGAGAGGGGAAAAGGGAAUAGGAGAUGGUACUGUAAGUUAUGGCAUGGAUGAUGGAGAUGACAUUUACAUGCGCUCUUGGACUGGCACAAUAAUUGGCCCCCUUAAUACAGUCCAUGAGGGUCGCAUCUAUCAGUUGAAGUUGUUCUGUGACAAGGACUAUCCCGAGAAGCCACCGAGUGUUCGGUUCCAUUCACGCAUCAACAUGACUUGUGUUAAUCCUGACACAGGAGUGGUAGAUCCAAAGAAAUUUUUGGUUCUGGGGAACUGGCAACGUGAUUACACAAUGGAGUAUGUUCUAACACACCUCAAAAAAGAAAUGGCAACAUCACACAACCGCAGAUUAGUGCAGCCUCCAGAAGGUACUUCUUUCUAAAAACUUGGCUCUGGCCAAAGGUUACUAAUUAAGGUGAAAGUAGACUUUCAUGUAUCAAUUAUUCAGUAAACGGUGGUUUGUUUAACUCAUGCUUGGGGUUAAAUUUGUUGGCUCUAUACAUUAUCAAAAAAGAGUGUGGGCCCGCUAAAUGACUCUGAAUUUGUGUAUUAUCUAAAGAAAAACCCUUCCUAUC